GGCUUUGCACAAGAUAUAACAACUCCUUGGUUACAUUGUUUAUCGAAUAUCUACGGCAAUCUUUUUUUCGGCCGAGGACGUUUUUAUUUUAUAUUCUUCUUCAUAGCGAGAUUGCGUCCAUUCCAAGAUUUAACGUGGUGCACUUCCGACAUGCUGCGCGCGGCGGCCACGGUGGUGGCGUUACUCGCUGCACUUCCGGUGGUGACGCCGCUCCUGGGCGGCUACAGAACCUUCACCGAGUGCAGGAACCUAACGCACUUGGGACCAGGCGAAUGGCCUGAAUUCCCACCAAGAAGGUAUAACUUUACGGGCUUGCUGGUGAUGCCUGGAGAUACAUGUACAUGCUUCCUGCUCAAUUCCAAGAUUGUGAUAAGCAGCAGUUUGUGCAGAUUGUGGAAAGGGAAUGUAGACUUUUCAAAUGACAUAGAGGAAGACGGCAGCGAGAUACGAAUUGGCUUGAUCCAGGGCGAAGUUUCAGAGCACUUCUACAGACGUGAACUUGUCAAACGGUACUGGCACGUCGGAAAAUCUGAAGCAGAAAUCCGCAGGACCCCUUUAAUGGUCAUUGAGACGCAGAGGGGAUUCCGUGGGGUGUCUCAUCAUUCGCUACCGGGAGUUUUCCGUUCCUCACCAUUUCAAGACGAGCAACUGGAGUUUAUUAGUGGCGAAGUCAUCGGUUACGAGCAUUCAGUCAACUUGCCUGUGUACCAUCAGGCUGCAUACGACGCUCACUUUUAUCGUUUCAACAGGGAAUGCAGAAAAUAUGGUCGUACACAGUGGGAUUUAACUGAAUCAGCCUUUUGUACAUGGGACGUCAGUCCAGUGCGAACCGUUUGUAAAAUAGACAGAGGCGCACCCGUUCUCUUCAGGAGACAGUUUCUCGGCUUCGUUGUUGGUAUCGUCGACGACAUGCAGAGGCCAGGCAACUAUUGUGGUGAAGGGCGCAUUCACUACAACGUCUUCGAUUUACUGCCGGAGUACAUGACAUUUUUAAAGGCCAAGACUGGCGGGAAAAUGAAAAUUGUGACUCUGGCAGACGGAAGGGUCACCGAGGAAUCCGAAGAUGUCACUGAACCGGGAAGUGCGAAGCCUAUUGCGGGAAGAGCUUAUACAACGAAACGGACCUACAGACACCGUGCAGCUCGAGGCGGGACUGAAUCGCAUAUGGUCUCGCAAGGGCUACUGCUGCUCACAGCUGUCGGCCCUGUCGCACAUCUCGCGAGUCAGUACUGACCGAGAUUUGCGGUUUUGUAUUUGCUAAACUUAAUGUGAAAUAAAUCUUUGUGUGUCUGUGUUUUCUCUGGA